UUUCAAGAAAGUUAGUGACCAAACAACACUGACCCCAUUGACUUCCAUUGUGAACACAAUUUCUCAAAAUAUCUUCUUUUGUGUUCCAGAAAAAAGAGUCAUAUACAGGUUUUGAGCAACAUGAGGGUGAAUAAAUGAUGACAGAAUUUUUUGUUGUUGAACUGUUCCUUUAAGUGACAGAAGUGACUUUCACUUUUGUGUGUUCAGUAAACACUGCAGGCAGACGCCCAUAGCAACAGCAGGAGAUUUUACUGCAGCUAUGGCAUCAAUAUAUAAAGAUGCUGAAGAAUCACCUGCUUUCCAGAACUUGAGGAUUGUGUUACUGGGAGCGUCUGGUGUUGGAAAGAGUACAACCGCUAAUGCAAUUCUGGGCAGAGAAGCAUUUAAAGAGACAAGAACCAGAGUGAGUGAAGUACAGAGAGGAAGAGCAGAAGAUAGAAACAUCUCAGUUAUUGACACGCCAGGAUUCUUCAGCACUGAACUGACUGAUGAAGAUCUACAGAAUGAAAUGAUGAAGAGUCUUUCUCUCUCUCAUCCUGGUCCUCAUGUCUUCCUGGUGAUCAUACACCUGCAGAAGAUCACAGAGGUUGACAGAAACCUUGUGAAACAAAUUCAAGAGACAUUUGGAGAAGAAUCUUUGUUGUUUACCAUGAUUCUGUUCAUCGGGCGGGAAAACAUGUCCAGAAGAGAAUUCACUCAAUUUAUUGAAAAUGAAAAAACUGAAGAAAUGCUAACUUGUUUUAAAAGAUGCUAUCACGUGAUGAACAGUAAAAACGAAUGUGAUACCACUCAGAUUAAAAAGCUCUUGAAGAAUAUUGAUGUAAUGGUGAAGAGCAAUGGAGGAGAGCACUUCAUCACUGAGAUCUACCUAAAUAGACUUAGAGAAGAGAGGGAGAGAAAAAAACAAGAACAUUUAGAAGCAGAGCUGAAGAAGAUACGAGAGGAAGUGAAGGAAAAACAUGCAAUGGUGGAGAAAAAGAAAGAGGUGCUGACAAAAAGACAAGAGGAGCUGCAAGAACAGAAGAAUGAGUUCAAGAAAACACACGAGGAGCUAAGGAGGCUGGAGGAGGUGCGGGAAAGACGUCAUGAGUUGACAAAAAGAAAAGAAAUGAUGAAGGAAAUAGACAACAAUAUGAAGAAAAAACAAGAAGAGCUGACCAGAAGACAAGAUGAGGUGAGCAAAAGACACGAGGAGCUGAAGAAACGACAGGAGGAGCUGAGCCAAACAUAUGAAGAGAGAAAGAGACUGCUGCAAAAAAGCGUGACACGGGAACAAAGACACAUGUUGAGACCAAAUGUGAGGAUUGUGCUUCUGGGUAAAACUGGAUCAGGAAAGAGUUCAACAGGAAACACUAUACUGGGCAGAUAUGUGUUUGAAGCAGACCUUUGUGUAGAGAGUGUCACAACAGCAUGUGAAAAACAAGAAGCAGUGGUGGGUGGACGGGUCAUCUCGGUCAUUGACACUCCAGGAAUAUGUGACACAGGGUUUGACCGAGAAUUACAGUCUGAAAUAAGUAAGUGUGUAGAGAUGUCUGCUCCUGGUCCUCAUGUGUUUCUGCUGGUCAUCGGACUGGAUGAGAGAUUCACACAGGGCAUGAACACAGUGAAAUGGAUUCAAGAGAACUUUGGAGAAGACAUUGCACAUUACACCAUCAUUCUGUUCACUCACACUGAUGCACUGAGGUGUAAAUCAUUAGAUGAAUAUAUCACAAAGUGUUCAGUACUACAGAGAUUAAUUAAUAGCUGUAGUGGCAGAUAUCACACAUUCGAUAACAAUAAAAAUGACAGGACCAACCGCUCUCAGGUGACAGAACUGCUGGAGAAGAUUGAUGAGAUGGUGGAGAGUAACAGAGGAGAGCAUUACACUAAUGACAUGUUUCUAAAAGCCAGAAGGCGACAAGCAUUCACAUACAUGUGUGAAUUACAAUAAUGUUUAAGAAUGCAUCAUUAUAAUCUCAAGAAACAUUUCUCUGGCAAAACACACUUUCUAAACAUUUUUUUUAUUUAAAACCUUUCAUUAAAAGUAGUAUUUUUUCACUGAUAAAGACUUGGAAACAACAGCAGGCGGAAGACAAGGUGAUGUUUGUAUGAAGUAAUUUAUUAGUUUAUUAGUUGCAUUUCAAUGCUCAGUCUGACCUCAUCUUAUCUAGUGGUUUUAGAAACUACCACACCUCCAUACUCACCUCACCUGUCACCAUCUACUUUCUGUCACCAUAUCUGCUGCAAACAUAGUCUCAUGACAAUUCAUAAUUGAUUUUUUUCAAGGUGGCUAAUUUGUAUGAAUCUCAUUUCUGUGUUUUUGUGUGUAUUUGCCUUUGCACCAAUCACAAUGAUAGUUAGGGGUGGGGCUUCUGAAGAGGGCAGUGAAGUUUGUGGCUCACAAGAGGAUCUGGCAGGAGGCGGCAGUCCAUCAGGACCAGAACCUCAUACCACAAAAACAGCGUCUUUCCAAUCACAAUGCAUUGACAAAUAAACACUAUAGUCUCUUAUAGCACGUUGUUGUGGGGUUUAUAUACAACUCCGACUGCUAUAAUGCUCAUUUCAUUUCACAACUGUUCCAUUUUUAUAUUCUCGUUCUCGUUGCUGUAUUUUUAGUGUUAUUAAGAAUAUAUUUCACUUCGUUUUAAUGUUGUACCUUGAUGUCAUUGGUAUGCACCAAACCAGAAAAUGGGCAAUGUUAAAUGAACACCUCUUGUGUGCAAACGGCACAUACAUGUAGUGUUAUGUUCAAAUAUUAAUGUAGUGAAUUAAUUAGUGAAGUUCACUUUACAAAUGAUGAUUAAGCAUUUGUAAUGACGCCUGCUGCUAAUAAACUGUAAUACACAAGUACUUUCAAUCUUGAGAUUUCAGCUUACAUCUUUGUGUUUGGGGUUGUGGAAAGUGAGUGAGGUGAGGUGAGUCAACCUCAAUAACAAUGAGAACCAGGGCCCGUAUUUAUCAAGCUUCUGCGAAUUACUCACAAACAUUUAGUCGACUAGUUUUGCUUUACAUGCAAUGUUAUUUUCGGUAUAAAUCUUAUACAGUAAAUGCGUUAUUUAAGGAGACAUCCAAAACGUUCAGGGUGGGAAGGCACAUGGACUGGAGUGGUCUAAGGAACACAUUUUUUGCUAGCUGGGCAGCCAUUGGCUUCUUCUUUCUGCACCACUGGCCAGUUCUUGAUUAUCCUCCACUGGACCUGUCCCAACAAGCAAAAAAGUGUUCUUUAGACAUUCAUUAGACAUUUCCCAGCAGGCAAAAAUGUGUUCUUAGACCUUCCCACAAGAAAUGUUUUGGAUGUCUCC